AUGAAUGUAUUGCAAAUCACACUGUUUGUUACCGAGAUGUUCCCGUGCACGGUCGAUUUCAUCAUUCGUAUCACGGCCAUCUUGCUCGCGCGGUACAUCAUCAGGCUACGCCAGCUCUUCGCUGGAGACGAUGAGAUCGUGUCAAUGGGAGAGACAACGCUGAGCUCCGAAGGGACCCAUUCGUCAAUCCUCCAUGCGCGGAAUCAGUCAUCCCACACCAGCAGCUCAUUACUGCUCAGACACAAGCGCGAUCUCUCACAGUCUUCUGUAUAUGACUCCAUAGGAGGGUGGAAGGACUUUCCGGAUGACUGGCUGUUUAAGGACGAUGAUGAUUCGGGGGAGGAGGCGAGUGAUGAGAUCGAGCUGGGCAUUGUUGUAACGCGGCGUAUAAGCGUUAGCCGAUCCAUCUGA